UUCCCUCUGUUUCUUCUGCUCAUGUGCCUCCCCGUGACACACCAACAUAGCUCCAUCGGGUUGCCACUCUUUAACACGCUAACGUCCAGCUCUCCCGUUUCUUCCUCAGAGCCACCAACUCGAAAGCAUCCCAAAAAGUGAUUUGUCUCCUCUUCUUUCCGCCAACCCACUCUGCUUCCGACCUGGUGAGGAGUAAGUUUGACAUUGCUAUCUGGAUCUAUCCAGAGCAUCAAACAUCGUCAAAGUAAAAGGCAUUUGAAGGGGGUCAAAUAAACAGUCUGACAACGACGGAGGGCCUGUUCUGCUCAAAAAUUUUCAAGUGCAGAUCUUCAUGCCGAACGAAGAUAAUCUGUUCGGAAUGCGGCUCCUUGUGCUCACAGCAUUCUCAGUUCAUAUUUCUGCCAGUCUCAUGGGAGCAAUGUUUCUCAAUGAGCAUAGGUGGAUGUCGGACGGUGAUUCCAUGAGUGCAGCAACCUAUGCCAGGAGGAUGCUUGGUUUAACUAAUCUGUGCAAAGAAAUCUUGAUGUGGAUAGAUACGAGUUAUGCUAUUGCUUCCACAUCCUUGUUCGGGGUGGUGGUGCUUCGCCGUUCGACUUCAGAGCUGGAGGACUCGUGUUGUUCCCCUCCACUGUUAACUUUUAAUAUUAAAAAAUGUCAAGCGCAGUCAUGUGCAAGUCGGGGGACAACAUGUAAUGCAGCGGCGGAAAGACGCUCGAGCUGGGUGACUGACAGGUGGGGACGAGGGAGUGGCGACUUGCUAAUUUCGACAACAAUAGGAGCCGUCAUCCGGCCUUGAAGCAGAAACCGAGUCCUAUCCUUGCUGGACCGGAGGUGAUAGAGACUUCGUGAUUCGCAGCAUCAAACGGCACUCGAUCACCAUAUGGGGCUCCUACGCGACCCACCCUCCGGUGGGUACCACCUGGAGACAGUAGACUCUGUUCCGUCAAACCACAUUGGUCCCUCGCUCAUGUUUCCCACCCAGAUCAAUGGGGUUCUCCCUGCAACAAACGAAUAGACGCUAAGGUCUUCGUGCGCGCUUGGUGGGAGGCCGUAAAAUGGGAUGCAAUUGAGUCGUGCAUCCGGUUCGGAAAAGUGGGAUGAGAUGUGAUGAGACUGUGGGAUUCGUCCAAGAACUGACAUCCUUAACUAAUGAACUCGCCUGGCUCCGUCGGCUAAGUGAAAGCGCUGGCUCCAUCGGGGGCGCCGAAGUGCCGCGCUCCAGCAGGAGGCCCAAGCGCGCGACGGGGAAUGGUUAGCAAAGGAUUCGGGUGGAAGGAUGGAGCGGA